AUGCGAUUCUCACUCAUAUAUGCAUUGGUUUUAACGAUAUUAUGCCUGCAGUUAACCGAUGGCCAGAAGCCGACACCGAAGCCCAAGAAGGCCGGACCCCCCGGAGGACCCAUUAAGAAGAGGUCCUUCAGUGAUGGCGAAGACAAGGGUAUAAUUAUGACAAUGUUUGACGGCUCGGUCUCGUUCUUGGAGAACCUGAGGCGUCAGUACAAGUUUGGAUUCAGCAAAGAUGACAGGAGGAGAGUAAGUAUGGUUUGGUUCGCUAUUACCGCAGAUAUCGGGACCAAUACUAGGGUUAAGAGAGCGGCCGAUGAGACUGAGAUGAAAACCAAUGUGGACACCGCUAUGGAUACAGAUCCGGAGGAUAAGACACUUCAGGUGGUGGGCGACGGAUCCGUAUGGGAGAUGGUGUGGAAGAAUAAGUCCUACGAUGGCGGCCGCUCUUAUGAACUGAUCGCCGAGUAUCAGGUCCUAUCUUUCACUUCUUUGUUCCCAAUAUCUGUGAUAAUAUCUGAACAGUCGGUGCCAUUCAUUGAUAGACCAAACAUACAGUGCAUCUAGACGCCGUACAAACCGGAGAAAACCGAAACUAAACCAUCGAAACCUGAUCCACAACCCGAUGACGAGUCAUCAGAUGACACAAAAUCAGAUGACAAACCAAAGCCCAGCCCUACAACGGAAUCAAAGCCCGAAUCGACUACCGAAGAGGUCUUCGCGCCCGAUCCGCACGAAUUGGUGAACACAACGCCCCCUCCGAUUGUCGACUACCCCACAGAUCGGGACAAAAACUAUCCCUCAAACAAAGACGGCACCUAUGGCUUCGUGGUUCAGCUCACGUACGGACCCAAUCCUGAAUUGAUCCGACUUCGAGGCAAAGAAAUGUAUUACUUUAACAAAGUUGGUAACAAUAUUGUCUUCACCAAUGAUAUGAUGCCCGUCAAGAAUAAUCGCAUGAAACUGCCUCCGGAUAUCACUUCUGCCUUUAGA